GCAUUACCAAGUUUUAACACUAAAAAACAGCUAGUAAAUACAGCAAAAUUCGUACAUAUAUACGCAUUUCCAUUUUAGUGGCUGGUUUGAGGACUAAAGUCAAAGGGACCGUCUGGAACGUCGGGCUGUAUGCCGUAAAUACUUUGAUCGAGACCUUAUGGCUGAUGGUUAGGGUUUCGAGCCGAGGGUUGGAUUAUAACACAAAGACGUGAUUUAAUCCCAAAUCCCCAGUUCAACCAGGCCACACCAACUACCGGUAAUUCUAAACGAUAAUCAUUCUUGAACCAACAACUAACCUUGUAGAAACAGGCAUGACUCAUGUUUGCCACCUUGCCACCCGCACCUACCAUAACUACUAAAUUUCAACACGUGACCACGACAACUCCGACGUUGCCAAAAUCUCGCAGGGCAAAUUGGUUUGAAAUAUACAUCACAUUUAAAUUCUCCUAGCACCAUACCACCAACUAUAAACCCAUUCAUGUCUGAAAUAAUCGAUGAACAUACGGUCAAUAUCCCGAUCGUGGCAUACCCACCGUUCCGGCUCCGAUCGUCCCUAAUCGACAAGGACCCGGUCAUCUGGGCGCACUUGCUCGAGAGCUAUGUUCGUUUGGCGCAGGCUUUACUCGACGAAGAGGUGGUGGCGCGCCGUUGGUCUGUCAAGUCGCAGCAACAGUUGGCAGUAUUUUUGAAGGGGUAUCUUCAGGAGACGGCGGAGGAGCAGCAGCAGGUGUUUUCGCUCGGUGCCAUCAACCCCGAUAUUGUCAAGAACGGAACAAUUCUCCGGAGCUAUGUGUUCCAAGUGGUCAAAACGCAUUCCUUGUUGAAGCUCAACUUGAACGGAAGCGCGAUGUGGGACUUUUGCCGCGUCUAUGUCGCGGAGAACGCCACUACCGUUCGUAGCUUGGUAGACGGAACCUUCAAGUCCAGGUUCAAUAACAACAAAAAAUCGGGCAACAUUUCAUCCAUCAGCUCCAUCCACAAACACUUGGAGUCUCUAAUCUCCAAUGGAAAGUUUAAAAGCGCCGAAUUGAAGGUGUUGGCUGCGCUACUCGGCACCUCCGCUGCGCUGACAAGUACGUUUGUAAAUAAAAGCCGCUCCACCGGCUCUAAAACAGCCAUAAACACUCAGCGAAACAUCAACAAGCGGGUUAAUAACUCCGGAAAGUUUGGUGAGCUGUUUGUGAACGUUGCGUUUGUCGAAAUGUUGGAGAAGUUGUACGUGGGGGGCAAAUCCGUGCACGCCAAGACGUCUCUGAGCAUCAUGAUCGUCUGCUUGUUGUCCUUGCCGAUAUCUGCCACAGCCAACUUAGCGACGGGGCUCGGCAUCAACAACCUCGCGCUCUGCCGCCUCUAUCCGCUCUUCAGCGGGGUCAUUCUUUCACUGUCGUACAAGGCCAUGGUUCCGGGCUUGGAGGCCCGUUUGCCGUUUUUAAGCAAAAAUCAUAUCCAGGAGCAAAGCUUUGAUGAAUCGCACGUCCAGCUCUUGACGGAUUUGUUCCCACAGUUAUCUGUCGCCCAGGCAAAGACGCUUUUGAAGGAGAAUGCCCAUAAUGUGGAAACCGCAUCAAACAUUUUGUUGGAGGACCCAGAGUUGGUGGCAUCCAUCCCAGAGUACAGAGAGUCGAUUCCCGAACAUCUGAAGGCGGAGACAAGAACAUCUAUUAGCAGAGGCAUAUAUGAUGAGGACGAGUUUUCACUUCUCGCUGCCGAUUCGUCCAAGAUUAGUCACGGGAAGAAGCUGUUUGUGACUGAAAAUAACAAGGAAGAAGAGGAUCGCCUUAAGAAAGCCACAUUGACUGCAGCGUUGCGUUUAAUCUAUGAGAAUGACGAGGACGAGCCAGACGACACAUAUGCCGACCAGGAAAAGACCAGUGGCGAGGCGGUGGAGACGCGUAGCGGGCGGAUCUCAGUUCAGGACGACUCGCGAAAUGUUUCCAGCAAGAUCGACCAGAUCGAGGCUGUGCUCUGGGGCGUGUUCAAGAAGGAUCAGGGCUUACUUCUCGAGAAGGUUCACCGCAAGGCAAAGGCGAGAAAGGAGAUUCGGGACGUCACCGGCUGGACGGAUGAGCAGAUCGAGGGCUGGGCCCGCAUGUUGGAGCGUAACCCGCGCCGGUGCAAGUUGUUGGAGGAAAAGUUUAUGUUUCAGGGGAACAAGCCGGGUGGGAUGAAGAAGUCGACCAGGUACCGCAAACCAGAUGACGAGUUGGAAGAAACUGAGCCGCAAAGUCGCCAGCCCGAGCCGCAAAGUCAUCGGUCCAAGGCAGAGGGAGAUGAAAAGAAGGAGCCGAAUACGAAGAAGCAAAACUCGAGAAAUGAAAAGAACAAGGCCCUGAAGGCAAAUCAUAAUAGAAAGGCGGGUCACGAUAAGAAGUUGGCCAAAGCGGGGUAGAUGCGUUACGUGUCUGGUUUAUGAAGCUAUCAUUUUGACACCACUUUACCCAAACAAAUGGAUUAUCCAUUGCCAUCUCAGGCACAAUGUUCAACCAAAGGCCAUUGCUUACUCGUCACUAAGUUAAUUCAUAUGCCAUUCGAUAUAUUCAUUCACACUAUAUUAGUUGAUCCUCUAUAUGGUGUAUCAUGUAAUUUAAUCGGUACUGUGAUAAAACGAAAGAUUAUAGCUUCAUACACUAUAGUGAAUUAGAAAGGAUGACAAGUAGUUAUCGUUUUUUAAUACCCACCACAGGAUGUCUUUCACACAUCCUAAAGUAUUCAAAGGGGCGCAACCCGUGAUGAACAUAGCUUGGUUUAAGAUGUACGAGACUGGAAAUAC